AAGACAAACUGUAUCUUCAGUAAUAGCUACAGUAUCAGUAACAGUAUUUACAGUAAAUCAGAAUGUGGGUCAAAGUGUAAUGAUGUCUCAAAUGCGGUAAUUAAGUCCAAGGCUCUGACCCAGAUUUGGCCGUGUUCUUUGGAGUGCGACAAACCAUUUCCGUGAAGGCAUCGAGAAUUUCACUUCGUUCUCUUUCCUUCUUUGCUAGUUCUCUCUUUCUACCCACUCUCCGAACUCUCUCUUCUCCUCUCCCCGCGGGCAAGUCUGGCUUCCUAACUCCUUCACUCUCCCUUUCUUUAGAAUAUUGAGCGGCUCUUCUCUCCCCCUCCCCCGGCUAGGAGGAGUUUGUGUAUUGAAUCUGUAAAAGAGGAGGAGCCGCGCGGUGACAGUUUCCAGCCUCUCCCAGUGUGUGUCCUUUGCAUUCCACCCCGCUUCAGGCACCAGCCCCCAGCCCUUCUCUGGUAGUUGGGUUUAAUUUAGAGUCCUCCGAGGUGGGGGCGGGGGAAGGUGCAUUCUGGGGGCUGAGACAAUCCCUGCAUUCUCGGGACGCUGCCGUUUAGCCGUCACUAAGCUUCGCUUUCCUAAGCUGAAUUCCAGUAACACUUUCUAUAUAUGCGUGUUUACAAAGGUGUUGCCUAAACUCACUUCCCACCUAUCAUCUCCUAGGGGCCCGAAAUACGCGCAUCUUGUCCUUCCGAAGCCUACAGCGAAGGUGAAGCGCGCUUCUCUCCCCGUUUCUCCUUUCACAUCUUUCCCUCUCCUCUCUCGUCUCCGUCCGGGUAAAAAAGAGAAGGUAUUUAAAGUUACCAGGCUCUUUUCGGAAAGCAAUUAAAUCCCUAGUCCAGCGGCGCUGAUAAAGUGUUAUCCAAAACAGCCCCAGGUUAGGGGACUUGGAGCUGGGGGCGGUGGUGGGGGUGGGGAGGAGAAGUGGCAACUUGAAAGAGAAGAAGAGUGACUACCCGGACAUCUUUCUUGGCAGGCGUGGGACGGUGCAACCGAAACCCUCCUUGCAGACACCCGACUCCGCGCUGACCUGGCAGUGGGUCUAGCUUUUUAAGAGCUUUGCAGAUUUUAUGGGCACUUGACCCGUGGCCAGCUCGCCAAUCCUGGCUCCUGCCAGUCCGCUUCCUCGGCUCUCUGUCCAGAGCCGCACAGGAACAGAGAAAUAGCUGUGUGUUCCAGGAGUCAGGCCGCAACCGGGUGCCGAAAGCCGGGACUCAGUGCGGGCCCCGCGCGGCAGAGUUCACCUCCCCCCUUCCAAGCGCGCUGCCGGGUCUGGAAGCCCGAAGGAGAAAAGGAGACCCUGUUGCCUCCCGCCCCUUUUCCUUUCCCUUCCUGAUUCCUUGCUCCGGGUGGAGGAGGGGAAGGGGGAGUUCCCAGCUGCCGGGUCUGAAGGGAAAAUUGUUGCCCGGCUGCCCCCCUCUUCCCCGGGGCUCCUCGCCGCAUUUCUUUGUUUUGAAAGCGCCUCCUCCGCCCAGAGGCUUUUCCCGGGGCUGGCGGUCUCCGGCAGCGGGGGUGGAACUUACCCAAAGGCUCCGCCCCCUAUUUUCUCCCGGACGGGCCCCCCCCUCCCCGCCCCAUACCUCCAUUCCCACCGUUCUUCUUGUUCCCUUCCUCCCUUUUCUCUUCCCCCUUUUACUCUCCCCACCUCCCCGGUUCCCUCCUCCGUCGCUGCCCCCGAGGCGCGUCUGCACUUGUUUGACAUCAAAAGGAGAUUGUGCAUUCGAGGUUGGGGGGAGCAGAGGGGAGGGGGAGGACGGACACACCCACAGCCUCGGGUUCCGCCCCUUCCCGCGGGAACCCCGCCUGAACCCCCGCCCUCCUACGUCACAGCAGGUUGACAUUCUACCAACCCACCCCAACCACCAACCCCGGUCGCCCGAACCAUCGACGCCACCGCCGCCGACGCCCCCCUCUGGGGGGUCCAUGGCUCGCUCUAUUUAUGUUUCGGCCCGGUGAUUUGCAUAAAUUCCGCCUUCCUCCCUUAAGUUCUCUUACACCCACCCCGCCCCUUUAUCCCCGGCCCCCUCCUCCUCGCGGGGAAAGCCCCGCCUCCUCUGCCCCUACAAGGAGCGACUAGCCCUAGAUGGCGGCGUGGCGUCGCGGCGGCGUGUGCGUGUCGCGCUUCCUCGUGCCGUUUAUAGGGUCCCGGCACUUCCGCUGUGGGGUUAGAAGCUGCGCGGUCAUGGCGGAGCGCGGACAGCAGCCUCCUCCAGCGAAACGGCUCUGCUGCCGGCCCGGAGGCGGUGGAGGCGGGGGUAGCAGUGGUGGCGGCGGCAGCAGCGGCGGCGGCGGGGGCAGCGGCUACAACUCCUCUUGCCGGCCGGGCCAGCGGGCGGGCGGCGCAGUGGUGUGUGGGGGUGGCUCAGCGCUGGGGCUGCUACCGCUCGGGAAGACCCAGAGCCCGGAGUCGCUGCUGGACAUCGCGGCUCGGAAGGUGGCCGAGAAGUGGCCGUUCCAGCGGGUGGAGGAGCGCUUCGAGCGGAUCCCAGAGCCCGUGCAGCGCCGGAUCGUCUACUGGUCCUUCCCUCGUAGCGAGCGGGAGAUCUGCAUGUACUCGUCCUUCAACACCGGGGGCGGCGCCGGCGGCAGCGGCGGAGACGAGAGCGGCGGCGGCGGCGGCGGCGGCGGCAGCGGCGGCGGCGGCGGCGGCGGCGUCUCCUCGUCCUCGUCGUCCAACUCCUCUGCCGCUGCCGCCGCCGCCGCCGCCGCCGCUGCCGCCGCCGCAGCUGGGGCGGCCGUGGGGGCCGGUGGGGCCGGCGACAGCGGCGAUGAGACCCGGCUGCCUUUCCGACGGGGCAUCGCGCUGCUGGAGAGCGGCUGCGUCGAUAACGUCCUGCAAGUCGGUUUCCACUUGAGUGGCACAGUGACAGAACCUGCAAUGCAAUCGGAGCCAGAAACUGUUUGCAACGUAGCUAUCAGCUUUGAUCGUUGCAAGAUUACCUCAGUGACCUGUAGCUGUGGAAACAAGGACAUAUUUUAUUGUGCCCACGUUGUGGCACUUUCUUUAUAUCGCAUCCGCAAGCCAGAUCAGGUCAAAUUGCAUCUUCCCAUUUCAGAGACUCUCUUUCAAAUGAACAGAGACCAACUACAAAAAUUUGUACAGUAUUUGAUUACAGUGCACCAUACAGAGGUUUUGCCAACUGCUCAAAAAUUAGCAGAUGAAAUUCUUUCCCAGAAUUCAGAAAUCAACCAAGUCCAUGGUGCUCCUGAUCCAACAGCAGGUGCUAGUAUAGAUGAUGAAAACUGCUGGCACUUAGAUGAAGAACAGGUUCAAGAACAAGUUAAACUUUUCCUUUCCCAGGGCGGGUACCAUGGAUCAGGGAAACAACUUAACUUGCUCUUUGCAAAGGUGAGAGAGAUGUUGAAGAUGAGGGACUCGAAUGGCGCUCGAAUGUUGACAUUGAUAACAGAGCAGUUCAUGGCUGACCCCCGUCUCUCACUUUGGAGGCAACAAGGCACUGCAAUGACUGACAAGUAUAGGCAGCUCUGGGACGAACUUGGAGCUCUGUGGAUGUGUAUAGUCUUAAAUCCCCACUGCAAGUUGGAGCAGAAGACCAGUUGGCUAAAACAGCUGAAAAAAUGGAACAGUGUUGAUGUUUGUCCCUGGGAAGAUGGAAACCAUGGAAAUGAGCUGCCCAAUUUAACCAAUGCUUUGCCUCAGGGUGCAAAUGCCAACCAAGAUUCAUCGAGCAGGCCACAUCGGACAGUGUUCACGCGGGCCAUUGAGGCAUGCGAUCUCCACUGGCAGGAUAGCCACUUACAGCACAUUAUCAGCAGCGACUUAUACACCAACUACUGUUACCAUGACGACACUGAAAACUCCCUUUUUGACUCUCACGGGUGGCCCCUCUGGCAUGAACAUGUUCCUACAGCCUGUGCAAGAGUAGAUGCUUUAAGGUCUCAUGGAUACCCAAGAGAAGCACUGAGGCUAGCAAUAGCAAUUGUUAAUACGCUAAGACGACAGCAACAGAAACAGCUGGAAAUGUUCCGAACUCAGAAGAAAGAGCUGCUCCACAAAGGAAUAACAUCAAUAACCAAUCUAGAAGGUUGGGUUGGUCACCCAUUGGAUCCCAUUGGCACCCUCUUCAGUAGCCUUAUGGAAGCCUGCAGAGUAGAUGAUGAAAGCUACCCUGGCUUCUCAGAUUUUGCAGAGAAUAUGGGGCAGGGCAAAUCUCUGGAGUACCAGCACCUGCCCACACACAAGUUCUUGGAAGAAGGGGAAUCAUAUUUAACGCUGGCUGUGGAAGUGGCAUUAAUAGGGCUGGGGCAGCAGCGGAUCAUGCCAGAUGGAUUGUAUACACAAGAGAAGGUUUGCCGAAAUGAGGAACAGCUCAUUUCCAAGCUACAAGAAAUCGAAUUGGAUGAUACAUUAGUGAAAAUUUUUCGCAAGCAAGCAGUCUUCCUAUUAGAAGCUGGACCAUAUAGUGGUUUAGGAGAAAUCAUCCAUCGAGAGAGCGUUCCAAUGCAUACAUUUGCCAAGUAUCUCUUCACCUCUCUCCUACCUCAUGAUGCUGAACUGGCAUAUAAAAUUGCACUGAGAGCAAUGCGAUUACUAGUAUUGGAAUCUACUGCUCCAACAGGAGAUAUGUCCCGCCCACACCACAUUGCAUCAGUUGUUCCAAACCGGUAUCCCCGCUGGUUUACCCUAAGCCACAUUGAGUCCCAGCAGUGUGAGUUGGCAUCGACUAUGCUCACAGCAGCCAAAGGCGAUGUUCGGAGGCUUGAAACAGUAUUAGAAUCCAUCCAGAAAAACAUUCACUCCUCAUCACACAUUUUUAAGCUUGCCCAAGAUGCAUUUAAGAUCGCAACUCUCAUGGACAGUUUGCCAGACAUCACUCUUUUGAAAGUGUCUCUGGAGCUGGGCCUUCAGGUCAUGCGAAUGACACUGUCGACUUUAAAUUGGCGACGGCGGGAAAUGGUGAGGUGGUUGGUAACGUGUGCCACUGAAGUGGGUGUCUACGCCCUGGACAGCAUCAUGCAGAGCUGGUUCACGCUCU